AUACAUAAAAGCUCUCUCGCUCUGUCUGUCUAAUGUAACGGACCCUUGCAUUUUGUAGUCUAGUCAUAUUUUCAUUCAACUCUCUUUCUCUCUCUCCAUGUUCUCUCUGACUCCCACAGUCUCAUUCACGCAAAUUGCACCCAAAUAAAACACACACAGAGACACACAUACACAAAUUAGAUAAGAGAGAGAGAGAGAGAGAGAGAGAGAGAGAGAGAGCAGGUGUUGUUUCUGUGUGAUUAUUCUGUGGAAUGGCAAUGGGCCUCCUCCUUGUUCCUUUGUUCAACUCAUUGCUUAUUCUUAUUUGGUGUUCUCAGACUCUAGUAGUGUUUGCUGUGGAGGACAUAGCUGGUGGUGGCAAUGGCAAUGGCACGAGUAGAGAAGCAGAAUUAGAAGUAAUUAGAGAAGCAGACAGAGUCAUCAACUUGCCCGGACAGCCGCCGGUCUCAUUCCCCCACUACGCUGGCUACGUCCAACUACCUAAUUAUCAUAAUUCUCACAACAGCAGCAGCAGCAGCAACAAGGCUUUGUUCUACUGGUUUUUUCAUGCCCAACAAAAUGCCUCUUCUAAACCCCUCGUCCUUUGGCUCAAUGGAGGACCUGGCUGCUCAUCCGUAGCUUAUGGAGCUGCACAAGAACUUGGCCCAUUUCUUGUUCGGAGCAAUGGAACUCUCAUCCUUAACAACUUCUCCUGGAAUAAAGUUGCAAAUGUGCUCUUCUUGGAGGCACCUGUGGGAGUGGGAUUUUCCUACACAAACAACUCAAAAGAUGUGGAGACGCUGGGUGAUGCAGUUACAGCCGCAGACUCGUAUGCUUUCUUGGUGGAAUGGUUUAAGAGAUUCCCGGCCUUCAAAUCUCAUGAGUUUUAUAUUGCUGGGGAGAGCUAUGCUGGUCAUUAUGUCCCCCAGCUGGCCGACCUCAUCUACCAACGAAACAAACACUCCUCCUCCUCCUCCUCCUACAUUAAUCUCAAAGGUUUCAUGAUUGGGAAUGCUGUGAUCAACGGUCCAACCGACAGCCGUGGAAUGUUUGACUACGCAUGGAGCCAUGCCAUCAUCUCCGACCAGCUCUACUACAAUUUAGUCAAGGAAUGCGAUUUUGAAAAUGAAAAUAACCAAACAGAGCACUGCAAUGACCACAUGCGAGCCUUCUUACAAGCUUUUUCUGAUAUCGACAUCUACGGCAUUUAUGCACCUGUCUGCCUCUCUUCUUCUUCUUCUUCUUCUUCUAAUCCCAAUAAAGUCAAAGCCUCAACGUAUAAUUCCAUCAAACUUCUUGUUGCACCUCGCCUCCUCACUCAACAUGAGCUUUGGCACAGGCUGCCAUCAGGCUAUGAUCCCUGCACAGAGGAUUAUGUUGAGCAAUAUUUCAACAGAGAGGAUGUUCAGAGGGCCUUGCAUGCCAAUGUUACCAAACUGUCCUAUCCUUACACCCCUUGCAGUGGCGUUAUAAAGGGAUGGAAUGACUCCCCCGACACCCUACUGCCAGUCAUCCAGAAGCUGUUAAAAGCUGGCUUGCGUAUUUGGAUCUAUAGUGGGGACACAGAUGGGAGGGUGCCGGUAACAUCAACAAGGUACAGCAUCAAAGAGAUGGGUUUAAGAGUCAAGCAAGAAUGGAGGGCAUGGUUUGAUGGGGGCCAAGUGGCCGGCUGGGCGGAGACGUAUGAGGAGGGCGGCGGCCUCACAUUUGCCACAGUGAGAGGAGCAGGCCACCAGGUCCCGGCCUUUGCACCUCGUCAGUCUCUUUCACUCUUCACCCAUUUCCUCUCUCCCAACGCUACCCUCCCAUCUUCUCGCUUCCACCCUAAACCCUAAAACCCUUAAUAAUUCUAGGCUCCUCAUCCUCUAGCUACCCUCCCAUGAUCCCAUCCCAUUGCGAUAAGAUAUGUAUCACAUUAUAUUAA